CUCUUAUCUGUCAACCGGUGUUAUAUGACAAAUUCCAAAACCACUCAAUUCGUUUUGCUAUUGUUUUUUUGGUAAACAAUAUACAUAAUGUACAAAAAACUAAUAUUAAGUAGAAGCUGUUCUAGAGGAUUUUCUAGUCAAAUACAAACAGCUAAAGCUAAUUUAAAAAAUUGGAAAAGUGUUGUCGGCUUAGAAGUACAUGCACAAUUGCUUACCGAUUCAAAACUAUUUUCUGGUAGCAGCAAUGAAUUUGGAGCGCCGCUCAAUUCAGCGGUUUCAUAUUUCGAUGCUUCUUUACCAGGCACAUUACCGGCACUCAACAAGAGAUGCGUAGAAAUUGGUGUAAAGACAGCUAUUGCACUUGGUUGUCGGGUCAACGAAGUAUCUAUGUUUGACCGUAAACAUUAUUUUUAUGCAGACUUGCCGGUUGGCUAUCAAAUCACUCAACAAAGGGCAGCUCUAGCAAAUGAUGGCGAGUUGAUAUUUCCGGUUAUUGUACCCGGAAAGAAAACAUACUAUAAGAAGGCACGUCUACUACAAUUACAAUUGGAACAGGACAGUGGUAAAUCUUUGCACGACGAAGAAUUAAAGAGAAGUCUCGUCGAUCUUAAUCGUGCCGGUGCACCACUUAUAGAACUAGUGUUUGCACCAGAUUUAGAAACUGGUGAGGAAGCAGCAUCAUUAGUAAAGGAAUUGAUAUUAAUCUUAAAGUCGCUGCGUUCAUGUUCGUGCAAAAUGGAAGAGGGCGCACUUCGUGUUGAUGCUAACAUCUCCAUUCACCAGAGUGGCGAACCGUUUGGUGUGCGGACUGAAGUGAAAAAUAUUGGCUCAGUUCGCAGCAUCUCUCAAGCAAUCACUUUCGAAAUACAACGGCAGUUUGAAGUUGUUUCAAAUGGUGGUGUUAUUACGAAUGAAACGCGUUCAUGGGACGCAACAACACGUUCUACAGUGCCUAUGCGUGAUAAAGAAGUUUUGCAAGAUUAUCGUUUCAUGCCGGAACCUAAUUUACCACCCUUACGUUUAAAUAUGUCUGCAACUGACUCUACCGAUAACGAUGUCAUAUCUGUAGCGUCAAUCAGUAGAGAUAUACCUGAGCUACCAGAGGAUACGCGUUCAAAUCUAAUACAAAAUUAUCAGCUAAGUCAGGAUGUUGCCGUCAUUUUGGUGAAUGAGACUAGAUUGUUAGAAUACUUUUUGAGCAUAAUGAAGCAUGUUCCUGGCAUACCGGCGAAACUUAUUACAAACUUUUUAAUAAAUGAUCUACUGACAUUUUGCAACAAAGCAAAUGUGGACGUCGAAGACUGUCAACUUAGCUAUACCCACCUUGAAGAUAUUCUUACAGCGCUUCAUGCCGGCACAAUAAAUUUACAAGCUGGGCGAGAGCUUAUUGAAAUCAUUCAUGAGGAUCCAGCACAAGAAGUGAAAACGCUUAUAAAAGAACGAAAACUGGAACAAAUUACUGAUGAAAAAGUAAUCGAUCAAUUUUGCCGGCAGGCGAUUGAGCAACACGCACAAGCUCUAAAGCAAUAUAAAAGUGGUAAAAAGAAGGCUCUAUUCGCUAUUGUGGGCGAAGUGUCCAAAUUGUCUAAACAAAAGGCUAACAUGAAAAUGGUCGUCACUCAGCUGGAAAAGAUAUUAAAGUCAGAAUAAAGUGAAAAAAAAAUUUAUA